CAGCCAUGGCUAUUCACGGGAACACAGUCAAGUCGAGUUAGAGUGUUAGAACUUACAAGUCACCUCUGCGUAUUCACGGGUGUAUUUCGAGUCGACUAAAAAUUCGCGGGAACACAGACACAGUGGACUCGACUUCGAACUUACCUGUGUCACCUCUACGUUCUUAACCAUGAGCGGCGCGCACGGGAAGAGGCCGCGAAGCACUUCCGCCGCUGCCUCUUGCGGAGCGGCGGCAGGCGGGGAGAACGACGCGGUGAUUGCGCUCCCCGGGCGCUACGUGUCGAAGCGGGAGAGGCUGAUGCUGGGCGGGCAGACAGAAAAUAAUAUCGGCCACGGGAAGCUAGAUGAGCACAAUAUAGGCGAAAGUGCAGAGCAGGGGCGCGUGCGUGGGGAAGCUCUUUUUAGUGCGCCUGACUGGUUAGAGCGAGCGGCCGAUGAUGGGGGUGUUGCUGCUGCUGAGCGGUUUGCUGUGCCGCGGCGCCUGAUGUGCAGGAUCUCAUCGGCCCACUCCCGCCCUGCCACGUGUGUUAGGUGGUCCCCGCACUAUGGUCAUCUGCUGACGUCAGCAGGGAUGGAUGGGGCAGUCAAAAUUUGGAGCCCAUUUCAAGAGAGGCCCGAGAAACAGGCAGAUGCCUCAAAAACUUCUCCCAUCUGCCCGGUUAGGGUAUUUCACGGUCACCGGGCAGCAGUGAAAGACACGUCGUGGACGAACGAUGCUGCCCAGCUCCUGACAGCCAGCCUGGACGCUACAGUACGGGUUGCUGACGUGGAAUCAGGUGCUACAGUUGCAGAGGUAUGCCAGGGUGGCGCCAUGUCAGUUUGCCGCCCGGAUCCGUCCAACCCUCAGAUAUUUGCUACAGGAGGGGAUGCCAGGGUGGGCAGUGUGAGAUUCUGGGAUCUGCGAAUGCUGGGAGGGGCGGAUGCGGGUGCUGGGAGUGACAGUAACAAGAGUGGUUGUAACGAGAGUGAUAGUAACAAGGGUGAUGGUAACGAGAGUGACAGUAACAAGGGUGAUGGUAACGGGAUAUCAAGUGGAGGCAGAAUGUGUAACCACAGCAGCAGCGCAGCAGCUGCAUCGUCUGAGCCGUCCAGGCCUGUGCUGGAGUUCCCAAUGGACGGUGGAGAUCUUCUGGAUCUUGCCUUCGAUCCAUCUGGGUCGUUCGUGGUGACAUCAGCAGAUUGCACGCGGGUACGAGGCCUCGACAAGGGCCUAAGAGUGUGGGAUGUGAGGAAGAGUGUAUCGGUAUCAAAUCAGAUCUACAUGGAAGGAUACACGUGUCCGUCUGUUGCCGUCCACCCAUCCGGAUCGCACUUCAUCGCUCAAUCCAAUGGCAGCUACAUCGCGAUAUUUUCAUGUACAGCUCCUUAUAAGCUGAAUAAAUAUAAGAGGUUUGAGGGGGGGCAUGAAGUUGGGGGUUUUGGGGUAAGUUGUGUCUUUUGUAACGAGGGCAGUGUAGUUGUGUCCGGUUCGGCUGAUGGCAAGGUAGUGUACUAUGAUUGGAAAAACGGAUCUUGUUUUGGGGAAGUAGUGGCUCAUGAAGGGGUGUGUACUGUAGCUGUUGCACAUCCCGCUCUUCCAAGUGUAGUUGCAACAUGCGGUUGGGAUGGGGACGUGUGCAUUUGGACAGCUAAGAGGUUGUAAGCAUUGUGAGCAUUGUAAGGUGUCUU